UACGGAAGAGGCUGUCCUGGUCGGGAGCCGUCAUGGUGCACUGCAGCGGCGGGUUGUUCAGAAAGUAUGGAAAAUUCAUUGAUAAGCUAAGAGUCUUCACCAAGGGAGGAAGUGGUGGAAUGGGUUACCCUCGUUUAGGUGGAGAAGGUGGAAAAGGUGGUGAUGUAUGGGUUGUAGCGCACAAAAGAAUGACAUUAAGACAACUGAAAGACAAAUACCCUCAGAAACGGUUUGUGGCUGGAGAAGGAGCAAACAGUCGGGUUAAUGCCUUGAAAGGCUCCAAAGGAAAAGACUGUGAAAUCCCUGUUCCUGUGGGUAUUUCAGUAACUGAUGAAAAUGGUAAAAUUAUAGGAGAACUCAACAAAGAGGAAGACAGAAUUUUGGUAGCUGGAGGUGGUCUUGGUGGUAAAUUACUUACAAAUUUCCUACCUUUGAAAGGCCAGAAAAGAACAAUUUACCUUGACUUAAAACUGAUAGCUGAUGUUGGCCUAGUAGGAUUCCCAAAUGCUGGAAAAUCGUCUUUGCUAAGUCAGGUUUCUCGUGCAAAACCAGCGAUUGCAGAUUAUGCAUUUACAACAUUAAAGCCUGAACUUGGAAAGAUUAUGUACAGUGACUUCAAACAGAUAUCAGUAGCUGAUCUCCCAGGUUUGAUAGAAGGAGCACAUAAGAACAAAGGAAUGGGCCACAAAUUCCUCAAGCAUAUAGAGAGAACAAGACAACUACUCUUUGUUGUUGAUGUUUCUGGAUUUCAGCUUUCUUCCCAAACUCAGUACAGAACUGCCUUUGAAACUGUAAUGCUACUUACAAAAGAGUUGGAGUUGUACAAAGAAGAACUUCAUGCAAAACCUGCACUCCUGGUCAUUAAUAAAAUGGAUUUGCCAGAUGCCCAAGAUAAAUUUCAUGAACUGAUGUACCAACUCCAGAAUCCUAAAGAUUUCUUGCAUCUAUUUGAAAAAGAAAUGAUUCCAGAAAAGAUUGUAGAGUUCCAACAUGUCAUCCCCAUCUCUGCAAUUACAGGAGAAGGAAUUGAAGAAUUAAAGAGUUGUAUAAGGAAAUCACUAGAUGAACACACCAACCAAGAAAACGAAGCAUAUCAUGAGAAACAGUUGCUUAAUUUAAGAACUCUCAAUACAGUCAUUUAGUAGGCUGCCAUUAAAACAUGCUUUUACAAGUUCCAGAAAGGGUAUUAUUUAAAUCUAGUAAAAAAGAGAAUACUGUCUGGUCCUAAGAAAGAAAUUCUGUUAUUUUUAACAAUAUGGAUGAACCUGGUAUACAUUGUGUUUAGUGAUAAACCAAGCACAGGAAGAUAAAUACCACAUGAUUUAACUUCUAUGAAGAAUCUGAAAAGUUUGAACUGAUAAAAACAUUAGAAUGAUGGGUAGCAGAGACAGGGAGAUGGGUUGGCAAGAUAUUAGUUUAAAAGGUAAAGGGUUUCAGUUAUUUUGAAUAAGUUAUGUGGUACAGCAUGCUAUUUAUAGUUACAACAUCGUAUCAUAUUUUGAAAGUUGGUAAGAAAGUUUUCUUACCACAAAAAAGAAAUACCUAGGGACAUGUGUAUGUUAAUUAGCUUGAUUGAGCCAUUCCAACAGUGUAUACAUACUUUACUUCAAAAUGCCAUGCUUAAUAUGAUAAACAUAUAUACUAUUUGUGUGUUAAUUAAAGAUGGCAUUGAAAUUAUAUUAAUUUGAAAGUUUUACACACUUUAGUAUUAUUACUAAUGUUAUAUAUGUCAUCAUUCAAGAACUAUUGUGUGUGUAUGUGUGUUUUUAAUGAUACUAGAGUUUGAAUUCAAGGCCUUGUACUUGGUAGGCCUAAGUCACAUGGCAGACCUAGUAAACGCUACUGCUUUUUAAAUUAUUCGUUAUUGCUUUAUAAUGGAGUAUAUUAAAAGUAGAAAUGCAACUAAGAACUAAAAAUUACAUUUAUAAUCCUAUAACAACACCCUUUGAUAUUAUGAUGUUCCUACUGAGAUCAUUAUUUUAAAAUUAUGUAAGAGGUUUCCCUAGAUUAUCAUCAGAAUGAGCCACUAAGGUUUGCUUUUGGGUCUGUCAUGUCCCUGGUUGCGCAAAAUGUAUAACAGUUCUAUUUUGUGAAGCAUCUCAAAUCCCUACAUUUGAACACAAUAUUCAGUAACAAUACAGAUCACUGAUAAUACUUCAGAGAAACCAGCAAGCAUUGUCUGUGAUUUGAGCUCUGGAAAAAAUUUUCUUUUUUAUGUAUCCUAAGAAUUUUAUUUUUCAACUUUAGAGGAGACUGAUGUAUAUGUCACAGUUUCUUAUUUCCUAUUAUGUUUCAUUUUCCACUUUUAUAUUUAUUAAAGAGAAAUAAUAGACAUGAUGACGUUACAUAGUGUGAAACAUCAGUAUAUUUGGGAGAGUUCAGAAUUUAUAAAUUUCUGCCUGGGUAUAUAAAAAUAAUCACAAAUAGGAUUUUUUCCUAUUUUUUUGGUAAAAUGUACAUAUUAAUUGUAAAAAAAAUUCAAACAGUAGAUAAAACGUAUGGGAAAAAAUAUUUUCUUCUUUCUACAUGAAGUCCCUAAGUCCUUCCCAGAAAAAGUAUUGUUAACAGUUUAUGUUCUUGCAGAAAAUUUUAAUGUAUGUAUUUUGAACCCAACAAGAGUUAAUUUAUAAAGUUUCAUGUUUUUUGUCUUUAUUUUACAAAGUAUCAAGUUGAUGAGUUGUAUUAGAAGUUAUUUUGAAAUUUAAUACGUAAUAGUGAUUAUGGCUAUUCAUUCUUGUGUACAGUGCAAAUGUCAUAUUUUGGCCUUAAGGUUCUCCUGAUUUGGCAAUGUGGCUGGCUUUUUAAAAGUAUUAGCACACUUUUGUUUUCUGUUUUCCUUUCCAGUCUCCCGUUCUAGUCUGAGACUAUCCUUUCUUGUUCAUAUCUUGCUUUCCAGACCCUGUGUAGGAUGUUCUUUAUGCAUUGUUGAAAAGAGCAGGAAGACCAGCUGCCAUUUUGGAGCUCACAUUCCAUAGCAGAAACCACAGAGAACUGCAAUAACCUACUCCUACUUUAUAUCAUAAACUAAGAGUGG